AUGAGACUCAUUCACACAUUCUCAUACGUCUUACACAACUUGAGCGAGUCAAACCUGCCUCCGUUCGCCGUGCUGUCCCACGCGGCGGGCCAGUCGAAUUGCUCUGACACGGACGACACAUCAUCCCACCAAACGACUGCGAGGGUCGAUCUAGACAACAGCAUCCUGGCUGCUUGUGGCAAGGCAGCCGCCCGCGGCCUCAGCUACCUCUGGGUUGGUUCUGCGUGCAUUGAAAAAACAUCUUCCCUGGAGCUCCAGGAGGCCGUCAGCUUUUCCAUCCGCCUGCUCCGUGCGGCCGCCGUGUGCUUCGUCCACCUCCACGAUCUCCCCGCCGGCUCCGGCUACCUCGCGAAAGCGUGGGGCUGCUGCCGGUACUGGAGGCGGAGCUGGACGCUACAAGAGCUCAUUGCGCCGUCCGAGGUGGAGUUUUUCGACGCUGACUGGGAACACCGGGGAUCACGAUCGUCGCCGGAGCUCCUUGCCAUCCUUCCUGCCAUCACGGGGAUCGACAAGAGCAUCCUGCUCGACAGCAGCGCCCUUUCGAGGGUUGCCAUCGGAGUACGGCUGUCUUGGGCCGCGGGCAGGGAAUCCACUCGCGCCGAGGACGCGGCAUACUCUCUGGCCGGCAUCGCCAGAGUCAACAUGUCCAUCAGGUACGGCGAAGGCGCGGACCAGGCCUUUGCACGUCUCGUGAACAAGAUCGUCCAAGAUACUACCGACGGGUCCAUCUUUGCCUGGACCAGCAACGACGGGCAGGCCGUUCGGGGUCUCCUUCCGCGAUCAGCGGCCGAGUUCCGCCAUCUUACGAACUCGCCGGGGGCGGAUUGCCACGAACCGUGGACUUUCGACGGCAGCAUCCAGCUCAGCAGCCGAGGGUUGGUCCUCGACUCGCGGGCAUCGAUGCAGGACUCUUCGCUGGUUUUCGAAAUCGGUCGAACGGCGGGCAAGUCGAUGGGAGUACGGCUUCGGAUGUUGGGCGACCAGUUCGUGCGGGUUGACCCGAGUUCUCUCUCCGAUGUCCCGCGCACAGCAAACCGCUGCCGGAUCAUGGUAGCCCGCGAUGUGGACGCCGAGACACUCCGUAGCAUCCGAAACAGAACACCUCGUUCACCGUUGCGACCCCCAGGUCAAACAUGGCAUAUUCCUCGGCACAUUCCAUAUUUGUCCCUAGUCAGUGUCAAAAGGGAGAGGUCAGGCCGACCCAAGACUCCCGUCAGCGAGUACUCGGCCAUCCAGGUUGAGUCUCUUCGAACCACCUCGCCGAUUUUGCCAUGUGAAGACGAUCACGGCUCGUGCAGUGAUUACGAGGAGUUUUCGGAUUUUGAGAUUGUCGACUCCGACGACGAGGAUGAGGACUUGGACGAGAACGAUGACGAAGACGAGGAGGACGAAGGAGAAGAAGAACCACUAGGUCAGGAUGAAGUACGCGGAACCACGUCGCUGAACCCAUAUCACCCGUUUCAGUCGGAACGUGAGGGCCUGCCUCAAGCCCAUCCCCUUCUCCGGCCGGAGAAAUGGUACUUGAGGGAGUACAACCCUCUGGAAAGGAGACUCGGAUACAAAGACUGCCUGCUGGAGGACGACUUGAGAUCGAUCGAGGAUGUCGUGUCCCAUCUCCGGAGGCGCCACCCGAAGCCACCGUACUGCCCUAAAUGCCGCAUCAUCCUCGAGACACCGACGGCCCGGGACGCACACAUUCGCAACCUGGCUUGCCAAGUCCGACACCCGACGGCGAUCGAGGGCGUCGACGAGACCCGGCUCGUCGAGCUGAUGAGGCGCAGGAGGAAGGGGCUCGGCGAGGCGGAGACCUGGAGGCAAAUCUGCGCAGUGGCGUGUCCCGGUGCCUCGAUGCCCGACUCUCCCUACCUCGAGGGAGGCCUCGGUCUCGCCGUGUCGCAGGUUUGGGAUUACUGGCGCGAGAAGGGCAGGGCGUGCAUCGAAGAGUACAUGUCUGAGAGGUUUGCGGGCGAGCAGUUUGAGGCUGGAGAACUGGAUUGCUUUCAUUCCGUCACCUUGGCGGAUUUGGUUCGGCGGACGGUUGAAGACGGUGUCAGUUAG